UAUCAGCUCUAGUUAACAUGACGUCAUCAUCUAGGGAACUCUUCAAAAUGAGGCAUGCGCAGGCCAACUCGUACAACCGCUGGUCAGGCACACCAACAGCCGCCGUGCUGACGACAUUUGGGUGUUUUGUUACGAUACUUUCCACUUCCCCUCGCUGGAAUGAUUCGCUGGCGCAUUUGAUCAAGUUACCAAUUAUCGCAAGGAGCACAAGCUUCCUAUUGGCAGUUAUGAUGGCAUAUUCUUUGGUACGCUGCCAUCCCGUGGGGGUGGUAGAGCGUUUGUAGUCGUCAAGUAAACGCUGUAUGCAUCGUGUAUGGAUUUUUUGCUCCUUUCCCUAAGGGUCUGCGAUACUCGACAUAAUAUGCCGUUCAAUAGAGCACGAUAUUCUUUUCAAAUAGCUCCAAUAAAAAUUCCAAUCAAAUUCAGUUCAAGCUCAGCUUCAUUCAUUUUGAAUCUGGGAUUUUACGUAAGUCAUAUAUAUCAACAGAAUUGGGUCUAUUUUAUUUUACGAUUAUUUUUUCGAUCCAAAAAUUCAUCAAUCAUUAGUAGGAUAAUUUAGGCACUUGCAUGCAACUAGCGACUGCGUAGUUAGCCCGUUUUAUUAUUUAUGAGAACAGCGUUAUUAUUUCCGUAUCUAAGCCCUAUUUUUCUUUUCACUCGCAGUCGCAUAAUUGAAAAGAAAAAUGUCAAGAGUUGUAAUUUAGAUAUGUUGCUUGUCGUCUUUGGUGAAUUGAUAGGUUCAUCUUAUCUUAUCUUGUUUUCAACUACCACAAAAGUAGAAAAUCAAGCUCUGACUUUUUAUCACGCAUAGUUGAAAAGAAGAGAGUCUUGCAAAAUGAAAUAAAAGUGAAUGGAAAAGUUUCAAAGAAGGUUUCUUUCCCGAAGGGCGUAGCUUGCUUAGUCAUGCAGGAAAUAUAAUUUUGCUGAAGAGAGCAUUCCGUUUUCAGUUUUGGGACUAGAAUGAAACAUAUAGAAUGUAAACAGUUCUAAGAUUAUACCAUUAAUAGAAUAGUUUUCUUUUUUGAUAAAUAGAGUCUUUAAUAUUAACUUUGUAAAUUCGAGUGAGCUAUUUACCAGAGUUCAGAGUUUUUGAGGGGUCAAUUUUUAGCCUUCUAGAGGAUAUAGCCUUUUGUUCUUGUUUUCUGAUUUUUUGUUUUUCCACACUCUAUUUUGAUCAAAAUUCAAGUAUUAAAAUGACGGGGGGUCUUAACAAUACAGCCUGCGUUUGAGCCUAGGACAGUAUCAUUCAGUUAGUGUCACAAUACAUCGCACAUAGUGCAUUUUUCCAAGGCCGGUUAAAACACAUGAGUUUUAAAUCAAGUGAUGAAGCAAGGAUAAUAUGUUCGGCAAAUGUUCUCUAAUUUCGCUGUUUCUUGUGACGCUAGCCAGGUCUGCACAAUCAGUGUGCAAUGAACCGCUCGGCGUGGAGAGCGGGAAGGCGGAACUAACAACGAAUAAUGGCAAUACAUUGGGUGCUAAACUGAAUACAGGCGACGGUUGGUGUCCGACGGGCUAUCAGGAAAGCUUCUUACAGGUGGAUUUGCAUCAAGAGCACCGCGUGACUGGCGUAUCAAUACAGGGAGCCCGUGGAGCGGACGAUGCUGCGUCUUGGGUCAAGCUGUCAAUCAGUGUGGACGGCACGGAAUGGUGGGACUACAUGGAAGAUAGUCAAGUCAAGAAAAUAAACGUGACGGUCAAGCGUGAUGCCAUUCAACAUAUCUCAAUCAAUGAUGUGCGCGCUCGUUUUGUUCGUUUCUGGCCUGACAUGUCAGCUAACGUGGAGCCUAUGCUGAUGAGGCCGUGUCUGCGCGUAGAGGUGCAUGGCUGUGCAGCGUGCAACGAGCCCCUCGGCAUAGCAGACGGUUCCAUACCAGAUGCUCAAAUAACCAGCUUGACAACAAAAGGACCAGGCUAUGAGGCUCACCGUGCUCGGCUUAAUGCGUCGAGCUCUUGGUGUGCGGACUGGUUUUAUGACAGCGCUCAGUAUCUGCGUAUCGACCUAGGACGGGAGUGUGACGUCACAGCUAUAGAGACACAGGGAUCCAAGACUUCAGGUUAUGUCGAGUCCUAUUUCUUGGAAUAUCAAAAUGAGGAUUCGAAGGUGCCACCGUGGACCAGAUAUGGAGAACAAGGAAGUCAAAAGACUUUCCAGGCGAACUCAGACGCGAAUGGUAUUGUUCGCAACUAUUUGAAAACUGUUAUCAGAACCCGUUAUAUAUCUAUCGUUCCGACGAAGUGGUUCCUGUUCAUUUGUAUGAGAGUGGAGAUAUAUGGGUGUGAAGCGUGCGGUCGUGAGCUUGGCCUGAGUAAUGGCCGCGUCCUCAACACGCAACUAACUGCGUCGUCCCACAUGGGGGACCCUUAUCGGCCCCAGUAUGCUCGCCUGAAGAACCCCACACGAGUAUGGUGCGCCGCUUUAGAAGAUACCAAGCCUUUUUUACAGGUCGAUCUUCAAACGACACACAGAGUUCGCUACAUUAGUACCCAGGGCAGCUCCGUCAAUGGGUCUGACGUAGGGGUGACGUCAUACCAUGUGCAGUUUGGUAUGGAUAGAUUGGAGUGGCAUAACUACACUCAAAACGGAACACUGAAGAUUUUCCAGAGUGGUAAUGUCACCUUACCAGUGCCUAUUGUGGCGGUGUUCAUUCAAAUCAGACCAAUGGAAUGGAAUGGAUCCACAGCGUGUCUACGGCUAGAGCUCUACGGCUGCAAAGCAUGCGCAGACCCACUUGGCCUUGAAAAUGGAUUUAUUGCUGAUCAUUUUAUCGUCGGGACUGGAGGUGGAAACGCUCGACUUAAUAGCGCAGGCUGGGGAGGCAAUCGGCUCUUUGAGCAGAGAAUGUUUCUCCGGGUUGACUUAGAUACCGGAUGGGCUGUUGUCAAUGGCAUUGCAACACGUGGAUCAGGUGACCUGGCAAUCACCGAGUAUACACUGGCCUACAGCUUGGAUCUGGUCCAUUGGUGGGAUCAUACAGAGGACGGUCUGAAAAAGAUUCUAAAAGGCAACGAAGACUCUUACACCACAGUUCGACACAACUUCAGAUUCAACGUGACAACUAGAUAUGUAGAGUUGACUGUUGUGAGGUUUAGUGGAGAGAGUUUCCGUCUACAAUUGGAGCUGUACGGCUGCAGAGUUUGUGAGCGGGCCCUUGGUCUAGAAAGCAAGGACAUUCCUGAUAACGCUUUUUUUGAUGGAGGCAACUUUAUUGACGAGCAACAUAUGGCAAAAUCCGCCCGACUGAACGGUCCAUAUGCCUGGUGUGGCCGCAAUAGAGGAGCACUCACUAUUGACCUGCAAACAACGUAUUUCGUCACAGCAAUCGCCAUUCAGGGGUUAGGAUUGGCAGGUGCUUUUGCUACAACCUUGGAUUUGUACAGGGCACAAGCUACACACCUUGACUUUCAAACUGUCAUGAGGACUUCAGGGCCAACAGACCCUGACAAUCCGGUAAUACGACGUCCAAGGCUUCCGUUUCUUGCACGUGAAGUUAAAGUGAGCAUACAUCGGGAUAGAUUAAGACCUUGUCUACGACUGGAAAUAUACGGCAGAAAAGUAUCCCCUUGUGAAGACCCGGCCGACCGCGGCGUCAAUUAUGCUAUCGGAAUGGAGUCAGGGCUCAUUCCCAGCUCUCGCAUCACCGCCUCGACCACUCUUGACGCAGAUCAUCAGUCGUUCCAUGGGAGGCUGGGAACUAUUCUAGGAAAAGGUGCCUGGUGCUCAGAUGACCAAAAUGGUCAGCAGUUUCUCCAAGUAGAGCUUGAAGCACCCUACAGAAUAAUGGCAUUUGCGAUUCAAGGAAAACAUCCUUUAUCCGACGAUGCGAUUGGGCUAGCAUGGGUGACGACAUACUCCGUAUCAAUCAAACAGCGAGGUGGAAGAACGUGGAAGUUUAUAAAUAACGAAACAAACACAACGAUGGUAUUCGCAGGUAACACCGAACACAAUUUGACGGUCAAAAAUGUACUCUCGAAGCCAUUCACUGCCAAGUCAAUCCGAGUGCACCCGGUCACGUGGUACAACAAAAUCUGUCUUCGACUAGAACUCUAUGGAUGUAAAGAGUGUUUUUCACCGUUGGGGAUGGAAAAUUUAACCAUCAAUAGUCCCUUAGCACACAGCGGUGAUACAUCUCAUGCAAGACUGAUGCAGACGGGUUACUGGUGGAGUGAUACGUCUAACCUCCCCGCAUUCUUUCGUAUCACCCUGGGAGAAGCUAUCAGGACUGUCACGGGUCUCGCUAUCGAUACUGAACGCCAUGGAUUCCAAAAUCAUUUUGUCUUAUCCUACAGUAUAAUGGACUUUUAUUGGCAAGAUUAUUAUGAGGGUCGAGAAACCAAGAUAUUUUCUACAUACUCCGAAGUCUAUUCUAUAUCCAAAAUAGAACUUGGCUUCCCGUUUCUAGCGAGAUAUGUGAGGAUCAAUUUCAAGGAUAUAUUGUUACUACCAAUGCAGUUUGAGCUGUAUGGAUGCACAGAGUGCUAUCAACCACUUGGCCUUGUCGAUGCUAACAAAUACCCAAACACAUCCUUCACGGCAAGCAGUUCCGAUACUGGCGGUGGCUACUUUCCACACAUGGCCAGGUUGAUCGAUGGCCAGAAACCUUGGUGUAUGUCAUCGUCUUCUUCCAACUACUGGCUAGCCAUUGACCUUGGUGUAAGCGUGGAUGUGAGCGCCGUAGAAGUGAAAGGAAAUGAUGUAGACGAAGACAUUAAUCAAUGGAUCUGGGAUUUCAGUGUAGAAUACUCUAACGACUAUGUUCAGUGGAAACAACACUUCAGAGAUGAUUUUAAAACUCGUUGGUCUGGAAAUAAAGACAAACACUUGUCUGUGAUGGUACAAUUCAACCCGUCCCUAUUCUCAAAAGCGAUCAGGUUUCGUCCACAAAACUGGAAGGAUCGGGCCUGCCUUAAGGUUGAAGUUUACACCGGUUGUACAGGAUGCAAAUCUGAAAUUCCCCUAUAUAACACCGGACCGGAGGGCAAGGAAAUAACCACUUCCAGCUACUUUGGUCCUGGCUACGAGCCGUACCUCGUGCGAAUGCGCACCACAAAUGACACGUAUGGCUGGUGCGCGGGCUCCAAUGUAGGUCAUCAGUAUGUCCAGUUCAACUUUAAGGAGGUGAACUCUAUCACCGGUAUCACCACCGAUGGACAAGUCGAUCACCCAGACGGUGGCAAUGCAUCCUGGGUAACCAAGUACAGGGUAGAGCACAGUAUGGACGGUAUCACGUGGUUCAACUACACGGAACAAGGGAAGGUCAAGCAAUUCCAGCUAAAUAACUCAAUCAUCACCGCUCGUGUAGCUGGCAUCAUUUCUCGCAUGGUGCGGCUAGUGGCGAUUCAAUGGAAGGGAUGGAUUUGCAUGAAAGUAAAAGUUCACGGCUGCCCCGUUUGCUCAUCACGGCUUGAGCCAUCCGCUACGCACAAUGGAAACAUUCACCCAUCUUGGAUCCAACUGUUCAUUGAGCAGGCAUUUCAACAGAUCGACGUUGGUGAACAAAGGCAGAUACUUUCAGCUGUAGCCGUAGUUCCUAGCUCAGAGGGGUCAUAUUUUUAUACCCUGGCGUACACCACAGACGGGCUAACGUGGCUAGACUAUACCGAAAACGGAGUGAAAAUGAUAUUUCGUGGAAAUCACGAUAGAGGUGAAACUACGCCAUCGUCUAUAAACCCCGUUGAAGUACGUUCAGUAAGGUUUUAUCCAAUCAGAUACAGGUCCGUGGCUAGGAUAGAUGCAAAGCUGUACGGAUGCCAAGCUUGUGACGAACCUUUCGGAAUGCAAUCGGGCCUAAUCUCUAACGCCUCCAUAAACGCUUCGAGCUACCUAGCGGGUUAUGAGCCAUGGCGGGGAAGACUCGGUGGAACCGGGCUGUGGUGUUCGGGAUCCUUUGUGAAUAACGACCUAAACUAUCUGCAGGUUGACCUAGGCUACCUAUCUAAAAUUACUGCCAUCGAUGUGGGAGGUGAUCCUGUUACUGGAGAGCGCGUUAGACAAGUGCGCUUGAGCCUCAGUAGCGACGGGAUAUGGUGGGACUUUUACCGCAAAGAUGGAGGAGAUGAAGCGCUUCUAGAUGCUUAUGGACAUACAACUGACACUAGGCGUGUAGGACUACGCUCAGGAACGCAUGCUAGGUACAUUCGCAUGAACCCUACGUCCCCCACCACCUGCAUGAAAGUUGAAAUACGAGGGUGUAAAGUUGACAACUGUCAGAGGAAAAUUGGUAUUGAGAUGUCUGGUAUCUACAAUGAUUCCCUAAAAGCUUCAAGCUCACUCGGCCCAGACUUCAGGCCCUGGUUCGCGCGCUUGAAUGGCCGCAUGGGAGGAGGAGCCUGGUGCUCACGAGUCAAUGACAAGAAAGAGUUUCUUCAAGUCAACUUACCCUAUCUCCAUAACAUCUCAGCGGUUAUUAUACAAGGAAGGGCUGGAAAAGAGGAAGCCUGGGUAACCAAGCUUAGCGUGGAGUAUAGCCUAGAUGGAAAUCGCUGGGAGAGACAUAGCGAGAACAAUUCAGAUGUAUUCAACGGAAACACUGCAAGUGACAGCGUGGCGGAGAUCAUUUUAACUAGCCCUAUCUACGCCAAGUACAUCCGCCUUCGCCCUGUUCAAUGGCACACUCAUGUGUGCAUGAGGGUUGAACUCAGGGGCUGCCCAGUUGGUGGAAAAGCUUACGGCAUGGAAAGCAGAGACUUGCGUCAUAGACUCAUCUCUUCCUCCUCAAGAAUAAGUGUGCUGUCCUACGAAGGUCAUUUAUUUAUUACUCGAUGGAAACCACAUUUUUAUUUUGGUGAUCAAUUCUACCAAAUAGCCAUAAUGCCGUACGGCACUAAACUAAGCGAGCUUGCACUUCGCGGUGACAGCGACUGGGUAAGCCUUUUCACCCUGCAGCUCAGCAUGGACGAUAAAGAAUGGUUUGACUACCGCCAAGAUGGAGACUUAAAGGUAUUUAAGGGGCCCGCUGAUGGUUAUAUUGUCAAGAGAUAUUUCUUCCCUCAAAACCUGACAGUUGGACACAUUCGGAUCACUCCGAAACAAUGGUACCUGAACCCUUUUUUGCAAGUGGAGCUCUAUGUAUUCGACGGAUGUGACGAACCUAUUGGUGUUUCAAAUCUCCCAAACUCAUCUUUCAACGCCUCCAGCCACGUGCCUGGGUACGAGCCUUGGCGUGCCAGGCUUGGUUCCUCAGGUGCAUGGUGCCCUUCAACAACAUCUCGAGAAGAGUACAUUGAGAUCAACCUCGGAGAUGUGUACGUCAUUACUGCCAUAGCAACCGAAGGACAUCCGACAGAUCAAAAAUGGAUGUAUUCAUAUAUGCUCACGUUUAGGGAGGACGAAAGAGACGAAUGGAGCUCUAUUACCACAAAAAUACAAGGAGCGGAUCCCAGAAUACCAAGAAUAAAGACGAAAAUGGAUGCCAAAAUACAAGCUCAGUAUUUGAGACUUCACAACUAUGAGUACAUAGACAAGCCCUGUCUUCGGGUCGAGGUUUUCGGUUGUCUUGCGAUAAGUUUCCCGUUGGGCAUGUCGAUCUACAAGAUUCCCGACAGUGCUAUCACGGCGUCGAGCUACGCGGACCCAUACACUCGUCCAGAGAUGGCACGUCUGCACUCGGCCAGGGGGCAUGGGGCGUGGUGUGCUGAUGCCAAUGACUCAAGCCCGUAUAUACAGGUCGACUUGAAGACGCCUCAUCGACUCGGCUUCGUCAGUACCCAGGCGCAGCUCGAAAAGAACUCCUGGGUCCAGAAGUUCUCGAUCAGUUAUCGAUUGGAGGAUCAGGACUGGGAACCCUACGGUCAGGCUUUCUCUGGAAACAUCGAUACCAACACAGUUGUAAAAAACGCUCUUAAUAAAUCCAUCGAAGCACGAUUUAUUCGCAUCCACCCAGUCUCUUGGAACCGAAGGGCCUGCACUCGCCUGGAAAUAUACGGCUUCGAAGUAAACACAUCCCGUGAUGUACAUGGAUUGGAAGUAGAUGACUCGGAUAUCACCGCAGGCUGGUGGCAUGUAGAUACCAGGCCACAUUUCGCAAAAAUGGCAUACGCCUCUUACUGGCGAUCACAUUUCCCCCAACGGUCGAAUUUCCUUCUGGUUGAUUUAAGGAGCGAACACGCUGUUGUUUCGAUGUUGACACGGUGUGCUGGUAACGCAGUAUUCAGAGAAUUCAGCCUACACUUUAGUACUGAUGGCGUCCAUUGGAUGUAUUAUGUACAAGACGGACGGAAGAAGCUGUUUGCCGCUACCAGACCUAACCCUCACGAAAUUCUGUUAAAACACGUCCUACAGACACCUGUGAUCACUCGAUUUGUUAAAUUUGUCGUGGAGACUCUUACUGAUUCGAGUAACAUCGCUUUCAAGAUGCAACUGUACGGAAAGAAAAACGGUUGUGUAAAGAACAUCUCUGUCAUGAAACAAAACCCACCUGUAACAAUCGCCUACAAAAUUACUACAUCUUCUGGUAUGGUUACCCAUGAUGCAUCACAGUCUGGCAAUAUCACGUGGUGUUCGGAAUUUAAGGAUAAGCAGUAUAUUCAGUUUGAGUUCCUGGUCGAUGUACGCAUCGUUGGACUAGCUACGGGGUAUAACGGGACGAGAAAUUUAAUGGUUCACCUUCAUUACGCUGGACAAGAUAAAAAGUUCGUAGCUUUCAGCGAAGACGGAGAAACAGAUCCAAAGGAUUUUAACACUGGAUCCAGCACUUUGAGCAAGGGGAUCGUCGCGCGAACUGUUCGAAUAGUUCCAUUUUUCCAAGACUCGUUAUGCUUCCAGGCGGACGUCAGCAUAUGCGCAACUGACUCGCCACCACUUGGGAUGCACGACCGACGAAUCAAAGACUCACAGAUCACCGCCUCCACUCAUCUGUCAAGUCCAACCAUACCCCUUCCCGGGGAACCAGCUAGCUCCACCCUCCCCUCCAAGGGUAGACUUGACGCUGACAUGCCAGGCCACGCGUGGUGUGCCGGAAUACAGGAUACCCGUCAGUUCCUACAGAUAGACCUCGAUAUCUUGUCUGAUAUUGUCGCCAUAGCAACUCAAGGCGUGCACAUGACUGCACUGGAAGCCUGGGUAUCAGAGUUUGUGAUGUCAUACUCAGCGAGCAGUGCACUCUGGGAGUGGUACGCUACAGACGGGAAAAACAAGACCUUACAAGGGAACCAGAACGCGCAUCGCGUGGUCAAACAGAUGUUAUUUCCUACAAUCAGAGCUCUGAGGGUACGGGUCCACCCAUGCGCCUGGAGAAAGGCUAUUUGCUUGAGCGUUGAGCUGUUUGGCAACCCAGUUUGCCGCAGCCCUCUUGGAGUAAACAGCGGGCUAAUUAACGACUCGGCUAUGACAGUUAUGGAUGAAGAAGCCAUUUACCUCGAUUCGUACCCAUUCUAUGCUCGUCUUCACCGAAUCAUGGGAAUGGGGGCCUGGUGUGCACCAGAUAACGAUACCGAGCGCAUCCUUCAGAUAGAUCUUGGCGAACAGAAGGUGGUUACUGGCAUCGCUACCCAAGGGAGACAUUUAGGAUACCAAGAUUAUGUGACUAGCUUCAAUCUGGAGUACAGUACUGAUGGAAACACUUGGGUGAACUAUACGGAUGAUAAUUCAACUGUCAAGAUCUUUCAGGGGAACCAGGAGCAACACGAAGUUGUCUCACACAAACUAAAGAAAAGUAUUACUGCACGAUUUGUUAGAUUCCACCCCUUAACAUGGAACAAUAUGCCUUGCCUGCGCGUGGAGCUACUCGGUUGUGAAAGAACAAGAGAUUCAAAGAGAUACAGUGACUUUUCGUCCUGGUCCGAGUGUCAAGUGAGCUGUGGCGGUGGAAUUCAGAUCAGGACAAGGAACUGUAGCACCAAUAACAUCGAUGAUUGCCGACUUCUGGGACCAAGGAGUGAGACACGAUCAUGCAACACAAACUCCUGCCCAGCACCAAACAUCACCUACCCGCGUUUCAUUGCUUCUGGCCAAGUGUUCUCCGUUAAACAGGCUAACUGUAGCCAGGGGCAUACCUACAUGUAUACAAUAGGGACAUCACAAGUCAGAUCCCAACGUUGCAGUGCUAAUCACGUGUUUGAAGAACCAGGCUUGUACAGCCUUCAUGUUGCCAAUUCGAAUGCCUUGGCAACCAGAGGAAUGGUGAUAGUACAAGAUGCUAUUGUAGGCUUGGAGUUUGCGAGCUAUGCUGGGGCUGUAGUGGUUAAGCAGCCUAUGAAAUUUCAUUUGAAACUUGCCAAGGGGACCAUGGUUAAGAUAAAUGUGGAUUUUGGAGAUAAGUCGAGCUAUAACAUUGUCGUUGGGGAGGGUGUGCGUCCCUAUGUUAAGGUUAUAGAGCACAUCUACAGCAGUCUGGGAGUAUUCAAUAUUAAUUUGCAGGCAUCUAAUCGUGUAAGCAACAAAUCCAUCGCGACGACAAUGAUAACAGAAAUCCCUAUCUCUGCAAACAUUACAUUUGAAACACUUGGAAGAUAUGAUGUGGUCUAUCAGCUUGACCAAAUUAAAAUCGGGGUUAUCGUCUACAGCGGAUCUAAUCCUCGUGUGCUCUUUGACAUUGGAAACAAUUUGACAUUUACCAACUUGAAGACAUUGGUAUACAACUACACAGUUCCUGGAGUAUAUAACGUUGGUAUCCAAGCCUUCAACAAUGCCAGUCGGGUGAAAAAAUCAUUUGUUGUGACUGUGAAUAAAAUCAUACCUUUUACGAUAAUAGACUUGACCAUUCGCCCAAAUGCUCACACAAGGCCGACAAUAAUGCAAUUCGACGAUCACGGAGCGAAUCCUUAUGAGUGCGAUUGGUAUUUCGGAGACGGCAAUUCCCUUGCUGUCUCAUCAACGCAGAAUAUUUCGACCCUCUCCCACACCUACACCAAUGUCGGUGUUUACAAUGUUACCGUUAAAUGUAUCAACAACUUUGGCACAAAUAUAUCAGCAGCUAUUGCAAUAGUAGAAAUUCCAAUCGUGGCGAACAUCACUUUCCACAACCUCGGCAAGUUUCGCAAGAUCUAUCAGUUGGACAAGCUCCGACUUCAAGCAAUUAUUUCCAGCCGCUCUAACUAUAUGAUUGCCUUCGAUCUUGGUAACAAUGUAACAUAUCGCGAUGUAAAGAAACUUGAUUUCAACUACACCGACCCAGGAGUUUAUACCAUUAACACUGAAGUUUAUAAUAACGUCAGUCGAGUGAACAGAACUUUUUUGGUGACUGUUUAUAAGAUUAUACCCUUUACGACAGCAAAUUUGACCAACCAACCAAAUGCUCUUGCGCAGCCCACAGUGAUUUUUUUCGAUUACAACGGUGCACUCCCAUACGAAUGUGAUUGGAAAUUUGGUGAUGGCAAUUCUCUAUUUGUGUCUUCGGAUCAUAAUAUUUCUGUCAUCCUAUACAACUAUGCCAGAAUUGGUAGGUACGGCGUGAUCGUGGUCUGCAAUAACAACCUCGGUCAAGCGAAAUUCGGGACUAUCGCCAACGUACAGAAGAAGAUUUCAGAAGCUGCCUUCACAGAUGACUCUCCUACUUUGAUUACCAAUGCAACAACGUUUACUAUUAGAGCAUCUCAUUACGAGUUCUCGUGCUUCGUUGCAGACAUCGGUAAUGGGACAGUAGGCUUUGGGAAGCCCUUUUGCCUGGAGAGAUUCCCAAAUGUGGCUUUUCAAGACGUUCUGGGUCCGCACACAUUCGAUCAUGUGUACCUUGCUCCAGGCGUUUAUUUAACCAAGCUAACUGCUUGGAAUUAUUUGUCAGAGAUCGUCGUAGCAGGCUACGUUGUAGUACAAAAGGUAUAUUGCAUGUACCCUAACGCCAGAAUUCUAACAUUUGACCAGUCCCAAAACAGCUCCAUAACGAUAAGUCGACGCGUGAAGAAGACAUUUGAAACAGCUUCUUCGAUUGAUUGCAAAGCUACGCAAACAGUUGAUUACACAUGGACACUGUACUUGCGCGAGUCUGGUAUGUCUUCCGAAGCCGUGCAGUUUCUUGGCAUAAGGGAUGAAUUGGUAAUUCACCCCAUGACCUUACACUACGGCUCUUACCUUCUGCGGUUCAAUGUCUCCAUGCGAGGUCAACAUGGGGUUUACCGUCUCGAUGAAGGAUACCUUUCGGUUAUUCCUUCUCAGCUUGUUGCUGUUAUUGACGGUGGUCAGUUUAUCCAGCGGGGGCUUGGUACCUUGGUGACAUUUAAUGCAACCUUAUCUUACGAUCCUGACUACCCUCGGACCAGGGAUUUAGAUUUUUACUGGUUUUGCUACGAGAAAAACCGUAACGUUACGACAGAUAUUGAUGCACUUUUUGCCAGUAGCCCUUUGCAGCAAUCACCAGAGUUUAAUGCUACGAGGUUUUGCAAUGAGUCGUACCCGGACCGUCUUGUGAAGGCUGGCUCAACGAUUAGACUUGAGACAAGCAGUUUAACGAUAUAUCAGACAUACGUGGUUAUUCUAGUUCUUUCUCGUAAUGUAAAUGGUACCAGGAGACGUACUAUGACUUCGCAAGAAAUGGAGAUUGUUCGUGGAAAUCCUCCCGCAUUGGGCAUCAGGUGUGUAAGUAACUGCAACGACAAGGUUUCACCGAAUUUGAAGCUAUCUAUAGAAAGUGUUUGCGAUGAGAAAAACAUCGGCAAGGUAUCUUACUACUGGAAUUUGACAGAAGUAUCAUCCGGAUAUCAGCAACCGAGACCUAUCAACCUGGACAAUAUCACUCUUACUGGGUCAAAACAAAGGUUCAUUGCGAUCAGACCUAACAGCUUAAAAGGUGGAUCUACCUAUCAUCUCCAUGCUUAUGGCAGUGUUCCAAACAGAGCAAUUGGGUACGCUAGAGCUGAAUUCACUGUGAAUGUACCCCCAUCAAAUGGAAUAUGUGAAGUGGAUAAACGUGUGGGGUUUGUGAACUCCACGAAGUUUACCUUCGCGUGUAAAGCAUGGCUAGAUGAGGAUAUUCCUCUGACCUACGAGUUCAGUUAUCGUGCCAGUUUGGGACUAAAGACAACCAUUUAUGUCGGAGAUAAGACGUCAGUUCAAACCAAGCUCCCUGUCGGGGAUCCUUAUAAGAACUACUCGAUUCCGUACUUUGUCAGGAUAAUAGAUGCUUUUGGCGCCUUUGCACAAGUAUCAGGCGAAGUUCAGGUGUUCCUCCCGCCAGAAGAAAGAGAUGCACUUCUUGUUAAGACCUACAAAGUGUUUGAAGAAAACACGUUUACUAGACGCAUUAAAGCUGGCAAUAUAGACGAAGUGACGAAAGAGAUAGAUUCCCAGAUUUCAAUAAUAAACGUCAUGGCACUUGAGUCGGGCAACAACGGAAGCGAGCACGACCGUGCCCGCAGGCAAAAGAUUCGAACAAUAGCCGUUGGGGUAUUGGCGAAUGAGAUUAUAACCUCCCUAGCAGAAGUGAGGCAGAUUGGGCCGUCCCUUGCUUACACGACUGCAGUCAAGAAAGAAGUAUCCUUAGAAAGCCAGAUCAAAGCCUUCGACUCUCUCGUACAAAUGGAAUCCGUCCUGCAGUCUGCCUUAGAGAUUGAGCAGUUCAGUUCACCUAGUGAUGAUCUUCGAGAUCUCGGAGAAAUCGGACUAGUUGUUGCGGCAAACAUCAGGGCAGCUUCAGGAGACUCGGCACGGGUCUACUCUAGUCCUCCAAUGAAAGACUCGCACCAGGACCUCGACGCUACUCGCUUAGAGGCCAAGGAGCUAUCGGGCAAUGUAUCAGCUGUAAUAGACCGACUGUCCAAGGUUCUGUUGUCCCUUAUGGUGCCUGGGGAGCAGUCGAUGUCAAUAAAAACUCCAUCCAUGGAUUUCACACUGAAACGAUCCUAUCCAGAAAUGAUCGGCAACACGCCGAUUGGCAACACCUUUGCAGGCUUCCAGCUCCCAAAUGCAAGCUCUAUGUUUGACCAGGAGACCCUUACCGCCUUAGGACACGUCGACACCGAGAUGACGAAUUACAAAGAGAAUCCAUACACGUGGGACUCGUCAGGCGAAACCAUCAAAUCAAACGUCAUAAGUCUUUCUCUAACGGACAUGGGCAACGUCGCGAUUAACGUUUCUGAACUGACGACUCCAAUAAACCUGUUCAUUCCACGAUCUGCACCCUCAUCUGAAAACCGAGAAAAAAGUCUAUUCGUAUCUAAAAAAAACGGCAGUAUAAUAUAUCACUCUGUGAAUAUUGACGCGCCAUCGCUGAGUAUCCGUAUCUAUGCUGGGCCCCAAGCUACCUUUCAGGUUUUCCUCAAAAAAGACCGGCGGCCUUCUCUGGAUAAGAGAAAUUUAAUUAAAAAUCUCCCAGACUACUCUUCUUGCAGCUCAAUCCCACCCGAAACAAGUGACUUUUCAGACUGCAAAGAGGAUCCCUACAUGAUUUUCCUUGAUGAGAAGCUCAUCAAUGAGACAGGGCUUUACUACAUUGCUUUAAGGUUUGUCUUUGCGCAUGCACCGAGCAGUCCCCGCGUGAGGCGGGACUGUGGGGGAGGGGGACGGGAGAGGAGGUCUUGUUUAAGUAACAAGGAAGCUCCUUACAGACCACCACAACCUCUAGGUGAAGGGGCACAGCUUGUUCCUGUCGUACCCGUGUUUGACGAAACCAAGGAUGCUAAGUACUCAAUACAAGUAUUCCAGUCGCCUUGCAAAUACUGGGAUAAGGAGCGGGAGAUGUGGAGUACUAUGGGAUGUAAGGCUGGUCCCCAGACAAGGCUUGAGGUGGUUCACUGUGUAUGUACUCAUCUCACGGCAUUUGGGGGCGGUCUCCUGGUGGCCCCGAAUCCUAUCGACUUUGACAAGGUCUGGGCAGGAUUCAAAAACAUCUCGGACAAUCUGUCCGUGGUGGUUACCAUCGCUGUCGCCUUGGCGAUCUACAUCGUGUGUGCUGUAUGGGCUCGCCGCAUGGAUAACAAAGAUAUCAAUAAGGACGGCGUUACUACCAUCACCAGUACCAACACAUUACACGGCGAUCAUAUCUACGAGCUGACUCUCUAUACGGGGUCAUGGAAAGGCUCCUGCACGACUGCCAACGUCUUUGUCAACAUCAUUGGGGACAAGGGUCAGACAGGUCCUUUGUCAUUGACAGAUUCUAGCAAACAGCUGUUCACAGAAGGAGCUGCCAAUACCUUCGUUAUUCCCCUUGACUUUAGUCUCGGUCAGUUGCGUUAUCUCCGUGUCUGGCACGAUAUGACAGGGUAUGACUCUUCUUGGUUCUUAAAUUUCGCAAUCAUCAAAGAUCUGCAAAUGGAUUCCAAGUGGAUUUUCAUGUGCAGUCGGUGGUUGGCUUUAGAGAAGGACGAUGGAUUGGUCGAUCGUGUUCUUCUAGUAAGCACUGUGGCAGAACUGAAGAAUUUUAAGACUUUGUUCAAUACUAAGGUAUCCAAUGACCUUUUUGAUGGGCAUCUAUGGAUGUCAGUUGUGAAGAAACCUCCAAGGAGUCCAUUUACAAGAGUUCAGAGGUUAACGUGUUGCAUGUCGUUACUCUUUACCACAAUGAUGACAAGUGCGAUGUUCUUUAACAUCGGAGGAGAUCCUGACACUUCCACGGUCUCUCUUGGUCCCCUGACCUUUAGUGUUAGACAGCUGAUCAUCGGUAUCCAGAGUAGCUUUAUCGCACUGCCUGUAAACAUUCUCGUUGUUCAAAUAUUCAGGAACUUGCCUCUGCUCAAGGCUCCAGAAGAUGGCACUCAUAAGAAAAAAGCGUCAGAGAAGAGGAGAAAGACCGAAGAUAGCACGCACGAGAAAGCUGUGCCUAAGAAAAAUAAUAAGAUAUGUCCCGAACAACUUCCAUAUUGGUUCCUUUACGUAGCAUGGGCAUUAUGCGUCACUAUGAUCCUUACCUCAGCGGCCAUUACUCUCUUCUACAGCAUGAUGUGGGGGAAGGAGAUCUCUAAUCAGUGGCUUGCUUCUACGCUCGUUUCUUUCUUCCAAGAUGCUUUCCUUACGCAACCCAUCAAGGUUGUUGCUCUUGCAGUCUUUGUUGCGGCUAUUCUGAAAACUUUACCGAAUGACUUUAGUGGCUGCACGGUGCCUUCUUCGGACAUAUCACAACACCAAGAAACUGAUAUGAUGCUUGGUGAACAGGCAGACCCAGAGGUGCUGGAAAGGGCAAGGAAGUUCAAGCUAAAGGAAGAAGAGAUGUUUAGUAUUAUGUCCAGUGUUUUGUUGCACCUUGUCUUUUUGGGGCUUCUUCUCGUUGUUGGUUACACGGCACGUGAUCCAGCAGCGUACGGACAAACUAGGAUUCUAAAAGAUGCUUUACAGCCUCUUCCGGUUUAUGAUGCCGGUAGUCUCUGGGAGUAUGUUGAGACGACGAUUCUUCCCUUCACAUUUAAUAACGUCGAGUACAACGGACUACGUACCAAGGAGGAAGGAGUGGUAGCUGACGUAAAUCUGUUCCUUAUUGGUAUGCCAAGAAUACGUCAACUGAGGGUUAUAAAAGAAAUUUGUAAAACCUAUCUUUUCGCCGAAUGGUGUGCCGAUCUCUACUCAUCAACAAAAGAACAAAAAUCGUUCUAUCUUCCCGGUUGGGGUACAAAGACCAAUCUCACGUACGCUGAAUGUCCCUUUCCAUGGCGAUACAGGGAUACCGGACAAUUAAACACCUUACCUUACUGGGGACAGCUUGGCUGGUACGGAGGGGGUGGAUAUACGGCUGAUUUGGGUUACAACACAGGACAAGCUGAUAGCAUUAUUGUAGAUCUUAAGAAGAAUCGAUGGCUGGACCAUCUUACCCGAGCUACCUUCAUCGAGUUCACCGUAUUCAAUGCUCAAGUGAAUUUAUUCAGUUCUGUUACGUUCCUCUUCGAAAGUCAAGGGACCGGUGGUGGGAUUUAUCUCCUCAAAGUGGAAACCUUCCGACUUUAUCCACACGUUGGACCAGGCCAAACCCUGGUCAUUCUCUGCGAGAUAACGGUAGUGGUAGUCACACUCAUCCUCGCAUACAAAAACAUCAAAAAGAUCUACAGAAUGAAAAUGGAGUACUUCAAGCAAACCUGGAACAUCGUGCAGCUAGUUGUGAUCUGCUUAACCUUAUCAGCGGUUGUGCUUUUUAUUUUAAGAAUGCUUGACACCCAAAAGACGAUCAAGAAACUUCGUGAGAAUCCAUUCGUUUUUGUCAGCUUCCAAUACGCCACCCAAUGGGCAGAGCUGAAUACCUACAUCGUUGGCAUUGUUAUCUUUCUGUCCACGCUGCGACUACUUUAUCUCAUCAGCUUCAACCGUCAUAUUUCCAUGUUGUACAAUAGUAUCUCACGCUCAUUCUCGCUUCUGGCCCAAUUCGCAGUAGAAGUGAUCAUUGUGUUUACUUCAUUUGCGAUCUUUACGUAUGUAGUGUUUGGCUCCCAUAUGGAUGGCUUUGGGACGUUUCAAGGGACCCUUGGAUCGCUCUUUGCUAUGCUACUUGGCAAGGGCUACUACUCGGAUCUGAGUCAAGUGGAUGUAAUCCUGGGACCGUUACUUUUUGCGGUCUUCACUACGACAAUGAUGCUCUUUAUGCUGAACAUUUUUGUGGCCAUAGUAAUGGAACCUUACGAGGAGGCAAAGCAGGCAAUGGCUGAUGAGCAGACGGAUGAGUUUGACAUGGCGACGUUUAUGAUAGACAGACUCAAAGUGUUUAUUGGUAUAUCCAGGUCUGCCGGGGAUCCAUGGCAAGCGAGAGGUGCACAAUACAUCUCACACACAAAGCAGCUGAAAAACCUGUUGAACCUGUUCGACAAGCGCUUGGAUAGCUUUGAUGAAAGGGUAACCCGACUACACCAGCUCUCUUGUGAGGAGCAGCGGGAGAUGCAAGACGCGCUAAGCAUGCUGGUCGGCAGUGAAGUGCUAAAAACCGAGCAACAGGAUGGCACGGUCUUGAAGCAGCAACAGAAUGAUGUCUUCGUUGCGUUACUUAUGAUCGAUUGUUAGUUUUCUUAGCAAAAGCCAUCCUAUGGUAGAAACAUUAUUAACCACUCAAUACUACAGUAAUACACCUUUAAAUAUCAUCAGCCCCAAGCCUAAUCUACACGAGCAAUGUUAGUUGACAACUUAAAUUGACCGUGUGAUAGGCCAGAAAAUAAUUAUCGGUAUGCACACCUUUAUGCGCCAUCAUUAAUUUUGAGCCGCAAAAUAGUAGUCAAUUUUAAUUCUUAGCAAACCUUCUAGGUUUUGACCAACCAUAGUUGCCACAUGAAACCCGACGACCUUGCGCCAUCUGCAAGAGCAAAUGAAGAUUGUCACAUAAACAUUGUUGGCCCAUCUACACGGUCAACUAUGGUUGUCAGAAGUUAGUUGAUACUAUAGAUUGGUCGUCUAGAUUGGGUUUAAGGGCAGCGUCAUGGUACUGCGCAUGUCUGGAUUCAGUGUUUAUUUUAAUUGUCUACAAACAGUUGAACAUUAAGCUGUCAUUGCCUUGUUGAAAUAGUAUGCAAUAUUUUAUUGAAAACCAUGUUUAUUGACAGUUUUGUAUUCAUUUCUUUUGAAACUAAGUCUCCCGCAUGUACCAGAGGCUCAUAAGUCAAUAUUAAAAUUUGACUGAAAUUCCGCAGAGCGAUUGCAAGCUCUUACUAUGACGCUGCCCCUUUAAACUCCUGGCGUUCUGCUCGGGUUGCCUGUGUUGUUUCGUCACAUCAUCCUGAAUAGCCUGAGGAAUCCCUGAUAUAAAUCACGAGGGUCUAGGCCGGUUAAUCCUGUGCUUAUUUUCAGCUAAGUAGAACACGCAAAGACGCAACAAAUAUUCCAUAGCAGGCCCGUACCCAGGGACCCCGAACGCACUCCCCCUACAACGGCCGAAAGUCCAUUUUCGGUUCUCAAUGGGAUAAUAACGUGCUAUUUGUUGACAAUACUAUGAAGAACAAGCAAGAUCACUCUGGUAUGUCAUUAAUUCAUAAGUCAGUCUUUUUUGGAGCCAAAUCCGACGAUAAACGUCCCUUGGAGAUAAUGCAAAGGCAUAAAAAAUCUAUUUUUGCUCUUUCGGUGGUGGUCAGAUUUUUAUCAGAAAAAUUGCUCCUUCCUCCCCUUCCCCCCAGAAAAAUUAGAUCCAAUUUUUCGGAUUUUGCAAAAAAAUGCGAAAAAUCCUGGGUACGGGCCUGCAAAGGAGCUUUCUAUAGCGUUUACAUGGGUGAGUUCCGACUGGAACAGUUCAAGUUUCGUUAGCUCGUCGGGCUACACUCGAGAAACAACGAAACCAUUGAUUUAUUUUCUUUUUUCUAACACGCAUUAACACUAUAGCUUGUAUGGUGCCUUUCUAACACGCAUUAACACUAUAGCUUGUAUGGUGCUGGGGACACAAGAGGCUUUUAGUAGACUGAUUACUUAAGAAACGCGACGUUCUAGGGCCGAAAACAUAGAAGUCAAUCGAGCUUAAGGCUGAUUUAGACAGCACGAUGCUCGUAUACGACACAGCCGUAGUUUGUAACUCAGGCAUAACACAUGUCGUAGCCAGGUCCAAUACAACUAACCGUGCUGUCUAAGUCGGCCUGUUCUUUCGCGAAAGAACAGACUUGCGACACAGGUGAACUGAUAGAAACAAACAGGAAGACAGCUCUGCUAGCAGGGGAGCCUUAGAGCAACGUAAAAGAUAGACCUAAAA